AACUGGCCUCGCUGUGCACCGCUUAGCGCUGUGGAGAAGGCAAAAAAGGGGGUUGGGGGUUUCUGCUGUCGGUAACAGAUAUCCGUGUUUUGUACGGACUGGACGACACGGCACUGAGGCGGAGAGCCCCUGUUAAAGCGCCAAGAUGUUGAACAUGUGGAAAGUGAGGGAGUUGAUGGAUAAAGCUACCAACGUGGUGAUGAACUACUCAGAAAUAGAGUCCAAGGUUCGAGAAGCCACCAACGAUGACCCUUGGGGCCCUUCGGGUCAGCUUAUGGGCGAGAUUGCCAAGUCCACAUUCAUGUAUGAGCAGUUCCCUGAAGUGAUGAACAUGUUAUGGACCAGAAUGCUGAAAGACAACAAAAAGAACUGGAGGAGAGUUUAUAAGGCCUUACUACUACUAGCGUACCUCAUCAGAAAUGGAUCCGAGCGAGUGGUCACAAGUGCCAGAGAGCACAUCUAUGACCUGCGCUCAUUGGAAAAUUACCAUUUUGUAGAUGAAAAUGGGAAGGACCAGGGAAUUAAUGUACGGCAGAAGGUCAAGGAAAUGGUAGAGUUUGUCCAGGAUGAUGACCGGUUACGGGAAGAAAGGAAAAAAGCAAAGAAGAACAAGGAUAAAUACAUUGGGGUGUCAUCGGAAAGCAUGGGAGGCUUCAGACAGAGCAACUCGGGAGAACGGUUCGACUCUGAAUCCAAAAGCAAGUGGGAAGAAGACUGGGAUAAGAGCAAAGGUGGCUUCCCCUUCAGCGAGAAGCUAGGCGAGAUCAGUGAUAAAAUUGGCAGUACCAUUGACGACACCAUUAACAAGUUUCGUAAGAAAGAAAGAGACGACUCCCCUGACCGAAUCAGUGAUAAUGAGGAGGACAGAGUAUCGCAGAACGGUCGGCCGGCCAAAUCUGAGUUCAAGGAUGAGGAAGAAACAGUGACAACCAAGAGUGUCACGCAGGCCACGGAGACCACUGCCACAUCAACUACCACACGCAAACGAGGUGGCGUGCCCUCCAAAACAGUGGAUUUGGGUGCAGCCGCACAUUACACAGGUGACAAGAACAGCCCAGAUGCAGACAAUGCAAAGACAUCUGGUAGUCAAUCAUCCAACACAGGACUUUCAGAUUUGUUCUUGGUGGACUCUGGAGCAAAUCAGUCUGCACCUACAGGUGGCAACUCUGACCUCAUUGCUGGCUUUGCUGAUUUCUCCUCCCCGGCUGCUUCUGCUAGUCUCCCUUCAGCUUCUGGAUCAGUAUCUGGGAAUGGAGAGUUUGGUGACUGGAACGCUUUCUCCUCAGCAAGCCCGCCUGUCUCUGCCAGCUCCUCUACCGUCCCGGACCUCUUUAGUGACGCGCCCCCACUCACCUCCAACCCUGCUCCAUCAUCCACUCAGCCACCCUCUGCUGACCUCUUUGACCUGAUGGGCCCCAACAAUAGCAAUCUCAGCUCCUCCCAAAGCAUGACCUUCAACGUGUGCUCCCAGAGCUCGGGGCUGCCCAUGUCUAGAUCACAGACUCUAGGGGGGCCCAUGCACAGUUUAGGAAGUCCUUUGCUGCCACAGCAGAUGAGUAUUCAGAAAGCAGGGGGGAAAGUCUCAAUGCCUGCCACGUGGUCUGACCCAAGCGUUAACAUCAGUCUGGACUUUCUGUCCAUGGGCAUGAACCCUCCAAAACCAUCACAACCCACUCUCAACACAAUGAUGCAGCAAGGCAUCCAACCACCCAUAAACAUGGUCACCCAGAACUUUGCUGGAAUGACGCUCAACGCCCCUGCAGGAGUGGCUGUCAGACCGCCCAUAAACCCUGUGAUGGGCAGUGGGGGCACAGGAAUGGGAAUGCCCCCCACUAUGGCGACAGGCACUGUGGGAAUGGGCUCUGUGGGCAUAGGUGGAAUGCCCUCUGGUCAGGGACUAAUGGGAAUGAACAUGAACAUGGCACCUGUUGGCUUGGGCCUCUCAGGUGGCCUUGGUAUGCCAGUGAUGGGCAUGGGCCAAGGCAUGACCCCUACCCUGUUGCAACCCAAACAAGAUGCCUUCGCAAACUUUGGCAACUUUGGAAAAUGAAGUAAAGUGAGGAUCCUCUGAAAAGAGUAACUGGUCCAAAUACACCUUAAAAGAAGGAGCUGCAUCCAGUAAAAUGGACAACACUGACAAAGCUAGCCAUUGUCUGAUUGAUUGACUCUUCAGUCAUUUCUCGUUAUACGUUAACAGAUAAACAGGUGGGAAGAAAUCUAGAUUCCGUUUUCCCGCCAGGGGGUGGGACUGGGUUGGUCAAAGGGUGGGUGGUUUGGUAAUGGUUGAAAGCAGAAGUUAUAUAGUAAAAAAAGGUGCCCUUUGCAGUUUGGUAUGUUUGCCAAUGUUGUUUCAACACAGGCAUCACUUAAAGAUGUGUUUUUGCAUCGGUUUUCACAAACCCCCGUCUCACCAUUUUCAAAUCUAUAUGAAUUCAGGAAUUACCUCAAUGUCCAUUGUUCAUGCUGUGACUAAAACGAUGCAAGUGGUUUAUUUUGUAAAUAUCUUUUUUUUUUUUUUGGUUUAUGAAGAAGAAAAUAACUAAAUUAUUGCGCUGUUUUACUCAGAGUUCUCAGAUGGUAUGAGAGGAACAAUAAGCUUCGAAAGACACAGGAGUACAACAGGUCCUCAUUUCAUUGUCUUUUUUUUUUUUUUUUUUGCUGUCACUUUCCUCAUAGCGUUAUUUUAAAUCCAUCAAAUUCAGACAUUGGACACGUUCAACAGCGUCUUUGGCUUGAGGAGAUAGAACAUGAAGGCCAAUAUAGCUUGACUUAUCUCUAUCUCUAGUGGCAUUCUGUUCUAAGAAUCUAAGCUGCCAUCUCCAGUAGAGUGCCUGUUGGUGAAGCGGGUGCCUUUAAAUGAUUAAAUCGAUCACUCCAAAGGCCAGAAACAUAAUGUUUUGGUAAACGGAUAUGGCUUUGCGAAACAGGUCCUUGUUUGGGCGGGUCAAUGAUCGUAGAUUACAUGUAGAACUUUAAUUUUUUGGAAUGCUGAGCAGGGAAGGAUGGAUAGACUUUACUGUGAAUUUCUUGAGAGAAAAGAGGGAACAUGGUGUUUUAUGACCUCUCUCCAUUAUGGAAGGUUCUUGCACUGUUCAAGUUGAAGGUUGCGUCUCAAGUCGCACAAGGUGUCAGAGUAGCGGCAGAAGUGGUGCAAAUGUAAUGGGUAACUACUUGAAUUGGUGUUUAUAAUGCCUCAUAACUGUCUGACCUAACAUGUCAAAAUGCAUGAAAUGAACUCCAGUGUUUAUAAGUGCAUCUUUUCAGGCAUUGCCUCAAAUCAGUGUUACACUUUCCAUGUCUGUCAUGGGAUGGUACAACAACUAUAGGGUCAAUGAAGGCAUUGUGAACUCCAAAUGAGGUCUUUCACAUUUUAAGUUUCUUGUCAUUGUUUUCAUUUACUCUUUUUCAUACGCUGCUGUACACAGACAAAAUGAACAGACGGCCCUCCAUUCCUCACCAUCACAUUCAAAAUGACCAAAUCUUUAUUUUAUUACUCUUGAGAUUACUGUAUAGGGGUUUAGUUUCCUAUUUUAAUACAUUAUACAGAACCUGUGCAUAUUAUGGUUUAGGCAUGGGCCAGUUGUUGAGAAAACUCUUACUAGUUUAUGCGCCUGUAAAAAGAAGAGAGAAAAAAGAUCAAGCGCCUCUUUCAUGAAAUAGUUCUUUUCAAAUUUAACUUUGUUUUGAUUGUAUUCAAUAAAAAAAUCUGUAUGACAUUAAACUUCAUUAACACUUGC